CUGGCUUAUCGCUUUCAUUCGUCCUCACAGCAGGAGCUGCGCCAGUUUGUACAAACCUGACCAUCUUCAGGAUUCCAACUGUUGACACAAUUAAUGACAACUGGAAGAAGCCAUGGCUCUUCUGACUGAGAUGUCUAAAAAUGGAAGAAGGAUUCAGUCAUGGCAUCAGUCUUUUUACAAGCCAAGUUCGGGUACUCCAGUCGGACGAGGUAUAAGCGACACAGAGUCUGAGUAGAUGUUUUACAGCCCCAGCAAACCACUCACCUCCCAUCUCCUCCAAAGCUCCCAGCAGAGCAACUAUAAAAGACAUCUGGAGUCACAGAGCUCUAUUACAGCCAGAGAGGAGACUGACAGUCACCCGCUUCCCCCAGGAUGGAGGAGCUACACAUCGCCUGAGGGACUGAGGUAUUACGUCAACAGCUGCAGUAAAGAAACAACAUGGCGACGUCCCUCCUCCUCAGCUGAGGCCCCACAGAGACCGCUGGCACGACAGAACUGCUCACCAUAUGCGGUUGGAAGUCAAAGCGGUACAAAGACCAGUCGACCCACGGAGACCGCUUAUGUUGCUCUGAGGAAACCUACCAUUAACAAACAGCCCCCUGGCUCCAUUUCACCGGCCAAGAGGCAGAUCAAGGAGGUCAAGGAGACCAAGAUCACUAUCAACUGUGUGACUUUCCCUCUGCCUGGAGAAGGUCCGGAGCAGCAGCUCCUCAAACCCAACGAAUGGAGCUACUGCGAUUACUUCUGGACCGACAAGAAAGACCCCCAGGGGACCACCUCAGUGGCGGGCUUCGAGGUUCUUCUGCAGAAGCAGCUGAAGGGCAAGCAGAUGCAGAAAGAGAUGGCUGAGUUUAUCCACGAGAGGAUAAAGAUUGAGGAGGAAUAUGCCAAGAACCUCUCCAAGCUGUCUCUGAGCCCCCUGGCAGCACAGGAGGAAGGGACUCUCGGAGAAGCCUGGACUCAGCUGAAGAAGAGUCUCCAUGACGAGGCUGAGGUUCACCUGAAGUUCUCCAACAAGCUCCACUCUGAGGUAGAGAAACCUUUGCUGACGUUCAGAGGUGACAACUUCAAGAAGGACCUGAAAAAGUACGACCAUCACAUCGCCGACCUCAGGAAGCAGCUGGCGAGUCGCUACGCAGGUGUGGAGAAGGCCCGUAAAGCCCUGGCAGACAGGCAGAAGGAUCUGGAGGUGAAGACCCAGCAGCUGGAGAUCAAACUCAGCAACAAGACGGAGGAGGACAUAAAGAAGGCCCGACGGAAAUCCACACAAGCAGGAGACGACCUGAUGCGCUGUGUGGAUCUGUACAACCAAACCCAGUCGAAAUGGUUUGAAGAGAUGGUCACCACCAGCAUGGAGCUGGAGAAACUGGAGGUCGACCGAAUCGAGUGGAUUCAGCAGCAUUUACGCCAAUACACGACUCUGCGCCAUGAAACAGACAUGUUCAAUCAGAGUACGGUGGAGCCGGUCGACCAGCUGCUGCAGAACGUGGAUCCAGCCAAGGACCGAGAGCUGUGGGUGAAGGAUAAUAACACUGGCGACGUUCGACCUGUGGACAUGGACAUAUAAACCAUCCUGAUCUGGAAUCAGCUGUUCUGUCUGCAGUAUUAUAACACGGAGUCCCAGAACACCUCUAACAACAGGGACAGUGGCGUGUUCAGACUACAGGGAGUCUGCUCAUCCUCUCUCAGACUGGAACAACACGAGGAAAGGUUCAUUCUUAAAGCAGUCUGAAGCCAGGAAACAGUAAGGGAUCAAAGUACCAGCAUGUUCCUUCUAAAUUUUAACCCUAUCAUAAUCAACAUUAGCUUAUUGAAUGCCAUUUAACAUACUCUGCUGUUUACUUGUUGUAAAGUUGAAACUAUUAAAAAAAAAAAAAAAAAAAAGUAUUUUGAAUCAUUUAGUUUUAGCUUCAAUUGACACUUUUCCAGUUUGAGUAAACCAAACAAAAAAAGGCUGAUUAUUGAUAUUUCCCUUUAUUUUAGAUACAGAUAUUGAAGCAUAUUGAGAUCUUAGAAUGAAUAUGAUAUAUUUUCAUAUUUUGCUGGUUCAUUUUGGUGGAAAUGCAUGUUUUGAAUAUCUUGCUUUUACUGUGUAUGGAGAGCUGCACAAUAUGUGGAACCAUGAUGGUUGUUUUGGUAUCUAGUCAUUGAAUUUACACAAGGUAUUCUGUGAGUGACAGAAUCAAUUUAGGAGCUUUCUGAGAAAAAACAUUAGACUUCAAGUGUACAGCAUAAACAUCCAGUAACCUCAACUGUUUAAAAAACACACACACCACACACACACACACACACACACACACACACACACACACACACACACACACCUACACACACAUACACACACACACACACACAUAUAUACAGUGUUUUGGAAUGUGAAUUUGAUGAUGCUCGGCACAAGUCCCAACACGUAGUCGAUCAGAUUUAGGCCAGGGUCUAUUUUGGAUCAGUCUGGAGGAAAAAGGUGGUCCAAGUUACACUGAAACACCUUUUAGUGCCUAACGGUUAUAUACCUGGAAUGUCCUUGAUAUAUUCUACUCUACACCAGUGUACAUUUGUACAUACAGUCUAGAUGUAUUUUGCUGUCAGAUGUUUAACAGGCCCCAGAUGUUCGGGCUGAUGAGGUGUUUGUACUGUACAACGUUGUUUGUUUUAUUUUUGGUAAAUGUACAGAGAAUAUCUUUACGGCGGUGUUCGAUAAAAGGGAGCGACACGCAGCAGCGAAAGCAAAAUUCACCAAAUUACAGAGAAGACAAGGUGGUAAGUUUUUUGAUAUGGAUUGAUCCAGUGGAGCACAAGCCAGUUGCACAAACGCAGAUAAAACACAUUUGAUCAAAGACUGCAUGUACAGUAUGUGUCUGUGUUUACAUGUGUGUGUGUGUCUUUGUCUCUGUCUUUACAUUUUGUUGUGGCCUAGUUGCUUUGGAUUUAUUUGGAUUAUUACCUUUCUGCGGUCGUUCUUUUAAAUUUCUUUAUAGGACGACGCUGAUCAAAUAACAAAGACUUGAGUUGUUAAUCUUAAUCCAGAUGCCGGGCACGAGAAAAAAAAAACUGCUGUGAAAAAAUAAACAAAUGCUUACCUGCCUUAUCUUCAACACACUGAUAAUUCGUUUUUUCUUUAAAGGAAGAAAAGUCACAUUGAUUUGAAUCAGAUGGAUUCAGUACGUUGACUUUUAUUUUAACUCAAACAGCUUUGUGCGCAGGUUUUUAAAAAGCAUAUCUGUUGUAGAGAUUUUAAUCAGUGUGUGUCAAUGUUGUGCACUAAAUGUAAGAAGUUAUGUUCCAACUAAAUGUUCUUGACAAGAAGCAACAGUUUCAUGAUGAUAUAACGGUUGAGUUAACUGCCCUUCUGUGGUGAACAUUUUCAUAACGUGCAUUCAAUGUCCCUGAUGUUUUAAGAAUGUUUGAUCAUAGGUGACCUCUGUCCAGACGGUGUACUGUGGAAUGCAGUGUCCAAAAUAAAUCUCCUCUUUGGAAAUUAAA